AUGUCCACAAUCCACUUCCCCCACCGCUUCCUCCCCGGCACGACCGAAAACUUCGUAUCCAACGAGAUCUACGUCCCCAAGUUGACCGCCUCCCGGGUAUGGCCGAACCUGAUCAAUCCCUCCCGCUGGACAUCCUACUACAGCAACGUGGACCAAGUAACACCACCCCCAACAAACGACGGAACGUUCCAAAACCCCGGCGACAGGUUCAGUUUCGCGACGUUCGGAUUCCCGCCUCUCCAAGCAGAGAUCUGCGAAUGCGUGGCGCCCACAGCAACGUCACCGGGCCGGCUAGCCUGGCGCGCAUGGCAGGAAGGAGACGAGGAGACGGCGCUGGAGGUGUACCAUGCGUGGAUCGUGGAGGAUAUGAAGUGGGGAGUGGUGAGGAUUUUAACGCAGGAGGUGCAGGCGGGAAAGCCGGCUGCUGGGUUGGCGGAGAAAAAGCCGAACCCGAUGCUUUUGGGACAUCAGGAGUGGGUGGAUGGGUUGGGGAGGUUUAGUUUUGAGAAUUGA